AGAGAGUUGCAUUUACUGCAGAGUUGGAGCAACUUCCGGUAACUCAACUUCCGCCAUCUGUGGGUUCGUCUCCACGUGCCUAUGAUUUCAGGAAAAAAGUUUUCUUGUUUUUAAUAUUUCUUGAUCAACACUUCGCAGUAAUGGGGAAAAUGAAAGGUGAUAAACACAAAUCGAAGAACCCUCAUCUGGCAGACCAGAUUCUCGAGGAUAAAUCUGUUCGACCUCCUGGCAGAACAAAAGAUAAACAAAAUCGUCAAGACAGCGAUGACGAAUUUGUCGAUGAGAAGUUGUCACGUAAGAUCUUGGAGCAGGCACGUGCCCAACAAGAAGAGCUUGAAGAAGAACAUGGCAUUAAUAAAUCACAGAUAAAGAAGAAAAAGAAAGUUUCACUGGACAUUUGCCCGACUCAGCAUUCUGAAGAUGAAGAGUCUGACAAAUCAGAUUCUGAAUGUUACACAGAGCAAGAAAUUCCAGUCAGCAAAGAAGAUGAAGAAGCAUUGGAAAUGUUCAUGUCCAAACAACCUCCGAAACGUCUCUGUCUGGCAGAUAUCAUUAUGGAGAAACUAUCAGCAAAACGAACAGAAAUCAACUCUGUUCUCUCAGACAACGAAGGGGUCGAAGUGAAAGAGAUGGACGAACGAGUUGUUGAGAUGUACCGAAAUGUCCGCAACAUUCUCGCUGUUUACAGAAGUGGCAAACUGCCGAAACCAUUCAAAAUUAUACCAUCUUUGAGGAACUGGGAACAGGUGUUACACAUUACACGACCAGAGCAGUGGUCAGCUGCAGCCAUGUACCAAGGAACCAGAAUAUUUGCAUCAAAUCUCAAUUCAAAAAUGGCUCAGAGUCUUCUUAAGGAAAGUUUUGGUAAUAUUUUCUCUCUUUUAUUUCAGUCCUUACGAAAAGCUUUAUUUAAACCAGCUGCUUUCUUCAAAGGCAUCCUUAUUCCCCUCUGUGAGGCUGACUGUACACUGAGAGAAGCGACAAUUGUUGCCAGCAUCCUGAUCAAGUAUUCUGUCCCGAUGCUUCACGCAGCCGCUGCAAUGCUCAAGCUAGCUGAGAUGAACUAUAAUGGUGGUACGUCCAUCUUCCUCAGAGCUCUCCUUGAUAAGAAAUAUGCUCUUCCAUAUCGUGUCAUUGAUGGAAUUGUUUACCACUUCCUUGGAUUCUCCCGAGAACAGCGUCGAUUGCCCGUUCUGUGGCACCAGUCUUUCCUAACGUUUGUUCAGCGCUACAAAGAGAAUGUCUCCAGUGAACAAAAGGAAUCAUUGCUCGAAGUAUUGAAGGUUCACAACCACGCAGAAAUUACACCAGACAUUCGGUGGGAACUUCUCAAUUCCAAGUGUCGGGAUGAUGUCAAAGAGGAACCCGCAACAAUGGAUGUUCAGUGAUUACUGAAGAAUGGUUGAUAGUUUGUAAAUAAACAUGGACAAAAAUUGGAACUAUA